UUCCCUCCUCCACUUGUUCAACACGCACACAAAUUCUCUCAUAUUUAACUUUAUUUUCUGUGUUGUAGCACAAAUACAUGGCGAGCAAGAUGAGCACAGGGUUGUUCUUCACGGUUCUGUUCCUCUGCUACACCCUCACCUACUCCUCACGCAGGGAACCUGAGGCUACAGUAGUAUUACCGCACCAUCAUCAUGAGGAUGAUGUUGAGGUAGAAGAGGACAAGUGUGAAGGCCUUAGUGUUGGUGCAGAGGAAUGCUUGAUGAGAAGAACACUCACCGCACAUCUCGACUAUAUCUAUACCCAGAAACAUCAUAACCGCCCUUGAACUCUCAUCUCACCUCUCCUUCUUUGUUUAGCUUUCUUUCUUCUUUAAUUUGGGAUGAGAUAUCAGCAUCUACUAGCCAGAGUUUGUUUUGAUAUAUAAUAGAUUCCAUGAACCUAUGGACCAUGGUCUAUCUUCAACAACAAACUAGCUUCCAUAAUCUAAUGGUCCUUAUUAUUUAUUAAAUUGUUAUUUUAUUUUUCUGUCAA